GUGCUGGGCGACCCUGUCCGCGCACGCGCACCGCCUGGUCCGGGACCGCCAUUUUGUGCGGAGCCCGACUCUGCGAAAGCGAGAGAGGAUUAAAACCACCGCCGAGGAAGGGCGCCUUGUUGCACCGUCGUCGAAACGCAGCAGGGUGCAGACUCCAGACUUUCGUCUGAAUCCGAGGACAGAACAAACUGACACGGAGAGAUUUCUUCCAUGGAAGGUAACCCAGCCGACGUUGUCACAGACGACUGUGGCGAUGCCUUUAAGGCCAAGGACUGCAAGACCUACCAGCGGCGCCGGGAAGGAGAUGAGGGCGAGGGGUUGGGGGCAGAACUUCUGCAAGGUGUAGCCCAGCAGGUGGGCGUGGUGGGCAUGAACACUGGAAUGGAGAUGAUGGUGGUGGAUUCCCUGGUGGACCAAGCACUGCUGCAAGUGAAGCCACCCGAGGGCAUGGAGGUGGGAGUGGCCCACUCUCAGGUGGGCGUCGCAAUGCCUACCUCGGCAACCGUGGACGACACGCAGAUCAUCACCCUGCAGGUGGUCAAUAUGGAGGAGCAGGCAGGCAUGGGCCUAGGCGGGCUGCAACUGGUGCAGGUGCCGGUUGGCACAGUGCCCGUGGCUGGUGGCCCUGGUGUGGUGGAUGAGCUGCAGGGAACCUAUGUGGGCACCGCUGACACCAUGGCAAAGGAUGGAGAGCCCAUCAUAUGCCACACGCUGCCUCUGCCGGAAGGAUUCCAGGUGGUGAAGGUUGGUGCCAAUGGGGAGGUGGAGACAGUGGAGCAGGACGAGCUGCAACCUCCAGAUGAGCCAGAGCCCUUGGAGAUGCAAAAUGAGGACCCUGACUAUCAGCCGCCGACCAGGAAACUGAAGAAGGCCAAGAAGAGCAGGCUGCGGUACAACACAGAGGAGGGCCGCGACAUGGAUGUGUCAGUCUACGACUUCGAGGAGGAGCAGCAGGAGGGCAUGCUGUCGGAGGUCAACGCUGAGAAGGUGGUGGGUAACAUGAAACCCCCCAAGCCCACCAAGAUCAAGAAGAAAGGUGUAAAGAAGACCUUCCAGUGUGAGCUCUGCAGCUACACAUGUCCACGGCGCUCCAAUCUAGACCGCCACAUGAAGAGUCACACUGACGAGAGACCCCACAAGUGUCACCUGUGUGGCCGAGCUUUCAGGACCGUCACCCUGCUCAGGAACCACCUGAACACUCACACAGGGACACGGCCCCACAAGUGCGGAGACUGUGACAUGGCCUUCGUCACCAGCGGAGAGCUGGUUCGACACCGUCGUUACAAGCAUACCCACGAGAAGCCUUUCAAGUGCUCCAUGUGUGACUACUCCAGUGUGGAGGUGAGCAAGCUGAAGCGCCACAUCCGCUCGCACACGGGGGAGCGACCUUUCCAGUGUAGCCUGUGCAGCUAUGCUAGCAGGGACACCUACAAGCUGAAGAGGCACAUGAGGACUCACUCGGGAGAGAAACCAUAUGAGUGCUACAUCUGCCACGCCCGCUUUACGCAGAGCGGCACCAUGAAGAUGCACAUCCUGCAAAAGCACACGGAGAACGUGGCCAAGUUCCACUGUCCCCACUGCGACACCGUCAUUGCCCGCAAGAGCGACCUAGGCGUCCACCUGAGGAAGCAGCACUCGUACAUCGAGAGCGGCAGGAAGUGCCGCUACUGCGACGCCGUGUUCCAUGAGCGCUACGCCCUCAUCCAGCACCAGAAGUCCCACAAGAACGAGAAGCGCUUCAAGUGUGACCAGUGCGAGUACGCCUGUCGGCAGGAGCGGCACAUGGUGAUGCACAAGCGGACACACACCGGCGAAAAGCCUUAUGCCUGCAGCCAGUGCGAGAAGACCUUCAGGCAGAAGCAGCUGCUCGAUAUGCACUUCCGACGAUACCACGACCCCAGCUUCGUGCCCACAUCAUUCGUGUGCUCCAAGUGCGACAAGGCCUUCACUCGCAGGAACACUAUGAUCAGACACACUGAGAACUGCACUGGAGUCGACUCGGCUGAUGCGGAGAACGGUGCCCCCCCAAGAAGGGGCCGAGGGGGCAGGAAGAAGAAGAUGCGUAGCAGGAGGGAUGACGACGACGACGACGACGACGACAGCGAAGAUCACGCAGAAGCGGAGCUGGAUGACAUCGAUGAGGAUGACGAUGGCCUGCUGCCUGACGUGGACAUGGACAUGGAGAUGGAGCAGGCCCCACCCACCAUCCCCAUCCCUGCCCCUGUGACCCCGCCUGUUAAGAGGAAACGUGGUCGACCACCAGGCAGAACCAAUCAACCGAAACCCUCCCCAAAGGCGGCCAUCGUGCAGGUUGAGGACCAGAACACGGUGAAGGAGAGAGAUCCCGAUGGGGCCAGCACGGGGGUGACCACGGUGGAGGCGGAUGCCGGAGCCGUGCAUUUGCCUUUAGUGGAGGCUGCGCCCAACGGGGACCUGACCCCUGAGAUGAUUCUGAGCAUGAUGGACCGGUGACGGGAAUCCAGUGUGGCACGCGGAAGCACCAUGGCCGGCCCACAACCCCCUCAGCCCCCUACUCUCCCCUCACCGUACCUGUUUUGUGAUUUUUACCCAGGCUGGGCCUUUAAACGCCUGAGAAGAAUAGUGACCGUCUAAUUUCUCUACAGGAUGAGCGUUUCAAGGAACCUUUCGUAGUCUUUGCUAACCCGUCCCAUCCUCGCUUCGCCAUGUGUGUAGGGCUGGAAGGGCGAGGCUGACUUCCCUCCGGGCCCCAGCUGCCGGCCCCUCGCUUUUGACACCUCCUAUCACGCCUGGGGUUCGCUCGCUUUCUUUUCUCCGCUCCUUGUCUUCCUGCCGUCUUAUUCAGCGUGCCCCAUGCCACGCUCCUGCCGCUCUCGAAUCUGGGGGCUCCUGCAGUUUCCCACCACACUGUUGGCAGUGGCAGCCUUGUGGUGGUGGGUGAGACAGUGGGGGGGAGGGGGGGGUGCGUGCCUGUCCAAACACAGUCCAUUUUUAAUUGGGAUCAUAAAAUGACGGCGAGCCAGACCCGUGGGUAUUUGUACAGACAUACUCACGACUGUUCGCUUGUAAAUAUUUUUAUAUCAAGGAUAUUUUAAGCUGGUGAUUGAAGAGCAUAUGAAUUCCCUGUUUGAAGAGCAGCAGUGUGGUGUCAUCCUGCCGGAGCCACCAGGCUGACUCUGCUGCUCUGCUUCCUGGCUUGCUUUUGACGGGGUGGGGGUGGUUUGGUUGUGCUCUCAGGGGAAUGGGACUGGCUGUUCCCAUCUUAACGUUUCAGUCACAGCGCCCCCUACACCCAGGGGUGGUAUAAUACAGAAGGUGCAGCCAAUCAUCACGAUCCCCAUGCAGUUGGGAGCUCCUGUAACAGCCACUCAUCUGAGGGACUCCAGAACCGGAUGCCGGCUGCCCCGCCCUGCAGUGUGAUGAAAAUGGGGGGGGGGGAUAUUAAACUGCUGUUUAAUUACUGAUGUCUUGCAAUACCAGCCCCAGGCCUUUUUACUCAAACGGAGAAUAAAUGUGGUAUUAAUUUUCCUUAUGGUAUAUUGCUGUCUUUAAACAUAUUGCCAUAAUAUUUUUAAUAUAUAUUUUUUGUAAGGAGGUUUUAAGCUAAGGUGGGUGUCUGUAUAGAGCUGUUAAAAAAAUCUUGUUUUACAUAAAGUUUCCUGAUUCGCUAUGGAAUUCCCACUGUCUAUUGUAUUUGCAUUUCAAAAUAGCUUAUUCUUUACGUUCUUAAAUUCUAGUUUUUUUCCCUCUUUUUUUCGCUGUUCCAUUUUCAGUGGUUGAGAACCACUAAUUAUGUUUGAAGGUUUACUAAGGAUGGAUGGGAGGUGGGAGGGGAAUGUGCUGCAGUUCAGCUAAUAAAAGGCGACUGACCUGAUGUCCCCUGGGUUUUACUUCCCCGGCUGUAUGUGAUGGUGAAGUGUGGAUGUGCCCUGUGUCAUUACUGCUCUUCCAGUUCACUGUUUCUGUGAUGCCUUUAAAACAUCCCUUUGAAUAAUGUUCAUUCAGCUGCUUACAAAUUAGUCUUACUGCUCCUUAUUAAAUAAAGGGCAAUGCUUUUGGGA